AUGGACAAGACAGAAGCUGCACUUGGCGUCAUGAAUGUGGACGAUCCUCCAGGCGAAGAGCGACCGUUCCGCUUUCUUGACCUACCGAAGGAACUUCGCCUUGUGAUCUACGAACGUCUCGUGAACCGCUCUCACAGGACGUUCGAACUCGAACACAGAGGGGUACAUAUGGCAGCUCGCACGGCUAUUCUUGUUUUCCCAGAUGCCAUCCCGUCAAUCUACCUCACCUGCAAGCUGAUCUAUACGGAAGCAACACCAAUGCUGAAAGCUUUGGACCACCGCAAUUCUCAGCCUCGACUUAUCAUCGACCUUGGAAAGAUGAAGCAAGUCAGCCUCGUUCAACUAGAGUUCACCGCUUACAUCGCGGACUACCUUUUCACCUGCGAGUUUGAAAGCAGGGCAGGUCAGCUUUCUCGCCCGUACAGCCAUCCUCGAUUUGCACCGCGACAUGGACCCAAUCAUUUCAGAGGAAACAGUCCCAUCGGCCUCCAGACUUGUAUGGACUUCAAGAGCCGGACAUACGAUAGAUUGUGGCUGCACGGUAGAAGGAGAAAAGCUGAUCUUCACGUUGCGAUUCAGUGUCCAGCUUCGUCAGACGGAGAGAUGAAGCUUUGUAUACGCGAGCUGGGUCAUUCUCUGCACAAUAUCCUGGAACGAAGCCCAAAGAAACACAAGGUGGCGGUCUACAUUGCUCCAGAUAAUCAACGCAUUGAUGGAGGCCGGCUCGCAUGCGAUCCUACCGUGUUACGUAUCGGCAACGCAAUCGACAAGGUUGCGUGGGAGAAAGAGUGGAUGUGA